AUGGCCACCCUCGGAGGCUACCUGAACAAAAAGGUGCUGAUCGUGACGGCCGACUCGAGAAUCUUGGUCGGCACCCUCGCCGCGGCCGAUCAGUCGACCAACCUUGUCCUGACCGAGGCCGUCGAGAGGGUCAUUCGAGAGCAAGACGAUCCGGAGCCCUCGGCCGAGGUGAAGUUGGGGCUAUACCUGGUGCGCGGAGACAGCGUGUGUUCGGUCGGGCUGGUCGACGAGAAGCUCGACCAGAGCAUCGACUGGUCGGAAGUCAGAGGCUCGACAAUCGGAACCACCAAGCACAUUUAG